AAAACUUAAAUUAUAUUUGGAAAGCAGGAAGUGAACAAAUGUAACAGUUACUGAUUGUAAAAGUACCAGAUGGAGGGGUAGGAUUUAAUAAGCUUUGCUUCUUCCUACUCCUUUUGGACAUGUGGAACUGUGAACUGAUUAUGUGAUGCAUUCAAUUGUAAUCUGAUGUAUGUUCAAAUUAAAUUAAACCAUUACCUUCAUCACUGCAUAAGCAAUCUAUCUAUUACUAGAUAUUCUGUAUUAUUGUAUAUUUAAUUCAAAUAUAACACUUACUUUUUUAAAUGACAAAAUGUAUGCAAAUUAAAUAUUCAAGUGUCAGCAGGUAGAAUAUAUAGUAUGAAUGAGCUAUUCGUAAUAGAUACGGAGAAUGGGUAGUUUUCAUAGUCAUUUUGUGCAAAUGUAUGCAUGUGAAGUUCUCGUUAGCAGAUGUGAAACAUACGUGACAUAUCACUACGAGGAUAGUCAACACCUUAAGUUUAACGCCUUGGCUCUUUUCUUUUAUGCUGAUAUUGUGUCUGCAUUAGUAUUUCUUUACCUUUGCUUACCUAAUCCGUAUCUAUUCCAUUCGAUAUUUGGCGUGAAAUAGAAACCAAUCGAGCGAUCGUUUCCUUGCAGAAACCGGAAGUACUUCGAGGUCAACCUGACAAAAUGGGCACGUUAGAUUUCCUACACUUCCCCCUUUUUCUUGUAUUUCAGCGGUAUACCUGGCGAUAUACCCACUCUUUACAAUUAUCGAAACGUCUAACGCAUAAUACUUUUAUAUGUUUUUUUUUUAAAUUAUGGCUGGGUGUGACUAGUUUGAACGCUGCACAACUACGUGUUUCCGCCACGCUGAUGGUUUGUUCAGGGACAGCAAAAAACACAAGAUCUCAGAAUAUUUUACGACGGGGUGCCACUCGUUUAAAUAUCACGAGUUAUCGAGUAUAUGUAUCUAUAUUCAUGUUUUUAGAAAUACAUAAAUUUUAUAUAAUAUUGAGACUAAAAUAGAAUCCCAUACGUUUAUCAGUCAGUCAGUGUCAGUGUAAUGCUCCAAUUUCCAGUUGGUAUUGAAUGCAGCACAAGCCAUGUCUUCCUGUCCUCUCACAACAGUGUGAAAUGAUGUAUGCAGUCUAAAAUGUAGUUAGGUAAUACGCAGACUGCACCCAUUAGGGAAAGAGGGACGCGUUUCGUCGUCUAAAGGAUUUAAGAGUGCAUGACUAGAUUUUUCCAAGUCUAAACAUGCCAGAUUCUGCAUCAAAUGAACCCGGUGUGAGGGUGUGCGACCCACAACACUCCCAGAAACUUCUGAGAGUUCUUCGUACCUUUUGGCAAGAGCACAGCUUCCAUGAUGCACUACUGGUCGUGGACGGUGAGGAGCUUCCUGUCCAGAAAAAUAUCUUGGCUGCAGCCAGCCCUUAUAUUAGGACCAAACUGAACUACAAUCCUCCUAAAGAAGAUGGAUCAACAUACAGGAUUGAGCUACAGGGGGUCUCCAUGGCCAUUAUGAAACAGAUACUAGACUACAUCUUCAGUGGUGAAAUCACUUUGAAUGAAGGGACCAUUCAGGACAUGGUGCAGGCUUCUGACCUUCUCCUCAUGACUGACCUCAAGUUGCUGUGCUGCCAGUUCCUGGAAAGCUGUAUCACCGCAGAGAACUGUAUUGGCAUCCGUCUUUUUUCUCUGCACUAUUGCUUGCACCAUGUCCACUAUGCUGCCACCGAAUACCUGCACACGCAUUUCCGAGAUGUGGCGCUCACAGAGGAGUUCAGAGAGAUGCCUCAUGACCGACUCCGUGAGGUGCUAGCUGAGGAAAAGCUUAAUGUCGGCAAUGAAAAGCAUGUGCUGGAGGCUGUGGUGCGAUGGCUGGCCCAUGACCCGGAUGCACGUAGGGUGCACAUGAGGGAAGUAAUGUCUGCGGUAUGGCUACAGGGCCUGGAUACGAGCUACCUGCGAGAACAGGCCAUGGGGGAGCCGCUGAUGAGGGAAGUGAUUAGAGAGCACUGUCAGCCAGUGCUAGGAGAGAGCCAGCUGCAGGGCGAAGCUCUUCUUGCUGCUUUCAAGCCUCGGGGUUAUUCCGAGUGUAUUGUCGUCGUAGGAGGAGAGGAUCGUAGAACCAGGAAGCCCACAGCUGUGACUCGCUGCAUGUGUCCCCUCUAUGACACCAACAGGCAUGCCUGGAUUGAGCUUCAGCCUUUGAAUAUGGCUCGUGUGGGACACGGAGUGGUUGUUGCUGAGGGAUUUCUGUUUGUGGUGGGUGGAACAGAUGAGAACAGCACAGUCUUGACCACUGGUGAGAAGUACGACCCUGACUCUAACACAUGGAGCCCAAUACCCACAAUGCUACAGGCUCGCCAGAACUUUGGCGUUGUGGAGCUAGAUGGUCUGAUUUACAUUCUGGGAGGAGAGAAUGAAGAAACCGAGCUCACUACUGUCGAAGUGUUUGACCCUCAUGUCAAUACCUGGAAGAUGCAGACCAGUAUGACCAUGAUUCGGAAGGUGGGUUGCUAUGCCUCAAUGAAUAAGAAGAUCUAUGCCAUGGGCGGAGGUUCCUAUGGGAAACUUUUUGACUCAGUUGAAAGCUUUGACCCAAAAACCCAGCAGUGGACGGGCCUCUGUCCUCUCAAGGAGAGAAGGUUUGGAUCGGUUGCCUGUGGUGUAGGUAAGGAGCUCUACGUGUUUGGUGGGGUGAGAAGUCAAGAGAAUGACAACCCAGAGCAACGUCAUAUGAUGACCUGCAAGUCGGAGUUCUACCAUGAUGAAAUGAGAAGGUGGAUGUUCCUGGAUGACCAAAACCUGUGUAUCCAAACUAGCUCGUCAUUUGUCUAUGGUGCAGUUCCCAUCGGAGCCAGCAUCUACGUAGUGGGAGACCUGGACACUGGUACGAGUUUCGACUACAUCCGUGAGUUCCGCCGUAGCACGGGCACCUGGCAUCGCACCAAGCCAAUGUUAGCCAAUGACCUCUCCAAAACGACAUGUGCUGCUCUGCGAUUCGCCAACUGUCGACUGUUCCGCCUUCAGCUGAGCCAGGGAAUGUUUCGAAUCAGAGUCUGAAGUCACGAUGGCCAAAGCAGCUCCUCCUUCACUUUUGCACACUGGUACUUUCAACCUUCAUACGAUUUGGUUUUGUUGAUUUUAUGAACGCAUAAGUACAGUAUUUAAGUAGCUACUGUAAUUAUGUGGCUUUUUACUCUUUAUUUUAGGGGGACCGUGUUAACUGUAAUUAUCCAAUGUAACUUGUUGGGCAGGAUGAUGUGGUUGUAUAUUUUAUUGAUUUCAUUCUUCUUUUUUUUUAUUUGUACCUAUUAGGGACUUUCGUAACACUGGACAAAAUACUGGCUGCAGCCAGUAUGAUGCACAUUUAUUGGCAAAUUAUGUAACUUUAUUGGCAUUUUUAUUUGCCUUUUUUACUGCUGUGCAAUUGAUUCUAAUUAUUGGGAAAGUGACAUAGAACACUGCAUUAUUAGAUAUUACACUAAUUUGGUUUGUCCCAUACAACGCAAAGCUAAGCUAUGAAUGUAUUGUUCAUAUAGAUUAGCAUAUAUAGUAUACAGUAUAUAUGUCUGUAUAUAUUAGAUGUGUCAUGAGAUCUCACAAGAUUAAAACUUGGCAAUAUUUCUCGUUUAGAGAAAACUUGUCGCAUGAGAACAGACCAACUAUGGCAUCGCUGCUGUGAAUGAUACAUGUAAUAAGGAAGUGGCAGUGUACAAGACGGCACAUUUGGUGCUUUACGCACACUAUAAACCUUGCAAUCCAGCCUACCUCGGUGUUCCCAGCAUCACUUUCUUGUGACUGUGUCUUUUUUUUCCAUCAAAGUAUAACAGUUGCCACCAUGUUAAUGUCAAGUACAAGCGGUUGUAAUUCUACAUUUGAUCAAAAAUACUUAAGAUUUGUCAGAUCAAAACAUGAUCGCUGCUUUAAGACUUAUCAAAACAUGUCAUGGUAGCAUCCAUUUUCCUAUUUCUUGGUAACGCACUCUAAGCAACAUGGGAACUGUAGUUCUUUCAGAGUAAACAUAAAACUACUGCAAUCUGCAAUCUUUUUACGUUACAUUAGUACAUGUUAACAUCAUUGAUUAGUAGUAGCAGCUCCAACUGCCAUCAUUAUUUUAGCAUUUGUAAUUUUUACUUUUUGUUUUCAAUUUGCAAAAAAAAAAAAAAACAGUUAAAAGUGUCAUGCUUAUGUCAUGCAUGCGGUUAUAAAACAUUUCAAAAUGUACCAGCAUUGCUUUGUGACUCAGUUAAAUAAAAAGGUCUGUUUGUCUAGUCCUUUAAUUUGUCAUU